CCCCAAAGCCCCGGGCCGAGGAGGCACCGCGGGGCGAGCCCGGGGCGGGUCCGGCCCCACGGGGGGAGCGUGGCCACGCGUGGGGCGGGGGCGGCGUGCGAGGGAGAGCCGGGGCGGGGAGAGGCGGCUGCUGCCGCCCGGGAGAGCCCUUCCUCGGCGGAGAAAAGCCGCUCCGGACCAUGCCGGGGGCGCGGGGCCGCCUCCCGCUGCUGCUGCUGCUGCCGCCUCUGCUGCUGCUGCUACUCCCGGCGGCGCCGGCGCCCCAGAGCUGCCUCAGCAGACAGCAGCUUCUGGCUGCCAUCCGGCAGAUGCAGCAGCUGCUCAAGGGGCAGGAAACACGCUUCGCCGAGGGCCUCCGCGUGAUGAAGAGCCGGCUGAGCAACCUGCACGCCUCCCUGGCCAAAGCUGUCCCCGAGCCUCCAGCUGCCUCCUGUCCUGCCCUGCAAGCCCCUGAAGAUGGGAAGAAGUAUGGCUCCAAGUAUUUAGUGGAUCAUGAGGUUCACUUUGCCUGCAACCCAGGCUUCCAGCUCCUGGGCUCCAGCACACGGAUGUGCCAAGCCAACGGCAGCUGGACCGGGCAGGAGCCCCGCUGUGCAGAGAUCAGUGAAUGCUCAAGCAGACCCUGCCAGAACGGUGGGACAUGCCUGGAGGGGCUGAACCAGUACAAGUGCCUCUGCCCCCAGCAGUGGACUGGAGCUACUUGCCAGUACCAGGCGCAGACAGCACCCCCAGCCUGGAGCGUCACGGAUGACCCGGCGUUCAGCCGCCAGCCCCGCUGCGCCCAGAUCGACCGGACCCAGCACUGCAGCUGUGAGCCUGGCUUCCACAUGAGUGGCACAGCUGCCAAUGGGCUCUGCCAGGACCUCAACGAAUGCGAGGUGUACAAGCGGGAGGGGGGUCUCCGGCUCUGCGCCCAUGAGUGCGUGAAUCUCCCUGGCUCCUACCGCUGUGCCUGCCCUGCUGGGUACAUCCUCCUGGGUGAUGGCAAGAGCUGUGAAGAUAUAGAUGAGUGCGCCCUAUCCCAGGAUAACUGCACGAGGGGGACCACCUGCAUCAACACGGGGGGGAGCUUCCAGUGUGUCAGUCCCCAGUGCCCCCAGCCUGCUGGCAACGUCACCUAUGUCAAAACAGCACCCUUCCAGUGUGAGCGCAACCCCUGCCCGAUGGACAGCCGGUCAUGCCACCAAGCACCCAAGACCAUCUCCUUCCACUACCUUCCCCUGCCAUCCAACUUGCUGACACCUACCCCGCUCUUCCGCAUGGCCACAGCAGCAGCGCCCGGCCGGCCGGGACCUGACAGCCUGCGCUUCGGCAUCGUGGGUGGCAACAACAGAGGCCACUUUGUGAUGCAGCGUUCGGACCGGCAGACUGGGGAGCUCAUCCUGGUGCAGAGCCUCAAGGGUCCACAGACCAUCCAGGUGGAUGUGGACAUGUCUGAAUACCUGGAUCGUGUCUUCCAGGCCAAGCACAUGUCUAAAAUCACCGUCUUCGUCUCUGCUUAUGAGUUUUAGGGGAGGUGGCAGCUGGGGCAGCUUCACUGACAGUGAUAGUCCUUUUUCAGCAACCUCCACUCUGAAGCGCCAGCCCUGGAGGCAGGCAUGUAAUGGGAGCUCCAUGUGACACCCCACACCACCUCUGCAGCCAACCAUCCUUCCCUUCGCGUUAAGGUUAUUCUGCGCAGGCAGCUUUUACCUGUGGGGGGAAAAAGAAGAAAAGAUGCAAAAGAAAUCAGGUGCAGGUUUUACUGAUUUGCUGGGGUGUGAGAGCAGAGCAUCAUCCUCAUCCAAGGCUCCAUAAGGAUGGUGACCUGCAGCCUCAGCGUCUACACACAGCAGAAAACAGGGGAUAGAAACCACAACCCUUAUUUCCUUUUUAAUUCCUUCUUUUUUUUCUCUAGGAAAGAAGUUAAGCUGGUGCAGGUAGGAGGAGGGAGGCUUAGAGUGGCGAUUGCUCUCCUUCCCGCUGGCCUGGGCUUGCUUGCACUGACUCAAGCCCCAUAAAAUCAUGCCUCUGCUCCCUUUGGGAUGCCAAGAAAACCUACGGCAGCUCAUGGGGAGGGGCCUGGUCCAGCAUCUCAAUGCCCUGGGAUUGACUGGACCUGGAACAAUCCAUGAAGGCAUCCAUCCUACAGGACCUGGCUGGCUCUCAGUGCCAUCCUCAGCAAGCGGGAUGUUGCUGCUGGGUGCAGGAGGAGUCCCAGGGGUCUGCAGUUGCAUGCUGGUGAUGGUCCAGGGCUGUCCUGUGCUCCAGCCCAUGGUCAGCAGCUCCUUAAAACCCCUGAAUAGGGCUGCACACAUGUAUCCCCUCUGCUGUGACCUUGGUGGGGGGGAGGGGACUUCGGUUGCACUUGGUGCCCAUGUUGAGGGAGCUUGAGAUGUGAAUAUUUCAUUUUUCAAUCAGCUGCAGCCUCCACCCCACUGUGUGAGUGAGAGCAGCUCCAGGAAUAGCUGGGGUUAGGCUGCAACUUGUGCUGGGGGGGAACACCUCCCCAGUCUCGCAUUCUUCUCCCCCAGUACCUGUUCCUUGGUACAGUGCUCGUGCAUGUUAACCACAGCACGCUGACGUUAUGCAUGUUUCUUCAUUAUGCUGGUUUUAGUAUCAUUAAAGGAUGAUGUAGCCUCUGAGCCAGUGCAGAGCAAAGUACCUGAUGCGUGUGCGCGGCCCGGGGGGCUUUGGUCACCCAGAGCCAUCCGGGGGGGGCUCAAGAUCCACAGAGCAAGAACCUUCUUCAUUUUUAUUUUUAUGCUUAUGUUGCUUGGAAUGGGCCAGCUGGUGUGAAAGUGGCUCAUUCCCAAGCAUCCUUCCCCCCAGUGCAAAGCAUCUUCUGGAGGCCUCAAGGAAGAGGCAUCUGCUGUUCCACCCCGCCCCUGGCAAAGGCAGAGUCUUCUCUGGGGCCAUGGUGUGUGCGCUGAGCUGCACCCGCUAAAUUCCUUCCUGCUCCUUGUCCUAGGGGAAGAGGCUUCCCAACGAGACUGAUCUGUGCUUCAUCUUCUGGGGGACUGAGCUCCAGCAUUUCCUGGGGAUAUGGCUUUUCUGUGGAAGUUUGGAAAGGGGGCAGGACCUCUCCCUGCAGAACAAGGAGGGACAUUCAGUGUCUGCUCCUCACGGCUCUCAGAAUGGAGCUGCUGGAGCCCGGGCAUGCGGAUGCAGGAUGUUUGGGUUGGCGGGUGCUCCAGCUGGAUGGUGGAGCCUGGCAGGGAAAUGUAUCCCAGGGUUGUGUUGGU